GUACAACAGGCAGUGAAGGGUUAAACAGUGAGUCUUUUCGUCCCACCUCCCUCUCCCUCCCGUUCAUAUCGGUGUCGUUAACCUCAUUCUUCGUUCUGUGUCCAUAAUGGCUGUUUGUUUUGCUUUGAGCUCUGCAGAAAGGCUCGGAUUCGGUUUUCUGAGACCCACGGCAGCGGCCACAGGCUUCAGGAGAGCAGCAGGAAAUGCUGCGGCUGCUUCUGUCAGUGUCCAGGACGGCCACAGAAAGCUGAAGACUGAGGCUGACCUUCCAGAGAUCAAAAUCUUUACCAUGUUGUAUCAAAUGCUCUUCAAAGGGUACCUCAACAGCAUACAUGAGCUACAGAUAUAUCAAAAACAGGUUUAUGGCCCCUUGAGCAAAAUCAAUUCUGGAAACCUCCAAGGCAUUUCAAUAAGCAGUGUGGAGCUACUGGAAGAACUCCUUCGAAAAGAUGAGAAAUAUCCAUGCAGAGGAUACAUGACUCUGUGGACAGAGCACCGGGACUUAAGAGGCAUUGGCUAUGGCCCUUUCACAGAAGAAGGAGAGAAAUGGUACAAACUACGAGCGGUGCUGAACAAACGCAUGCUUCAUCCAAAGGACUCGCUUCAGUAUGGAGAUGUGGUGAAUGCAGUGAUCACAGACUUCAUCAAACGCAUUUACUAUCUGCGGGAGAUGAGUCCUACAGGGGAUCUAGUCUCUAAUCUGACCAAUGAGCUUUACCGAUUCUCCCUUGAAGGGAUUGCGUCCAUUCUCUUCGAGACGCGCAUUGGCUGUCUGGAGAAAGAGAUUCCUGUUGAGACUCAAGAGUUUAUUAAUUCAAUUGCUCAAAUGUUCACCUACAGCAUGCACGUGGCCCUUCUGCCCAACUGGACCCGCAAUUACUUCCCAUUCUGGCAGAAGUACAUUGAUGGCUGGGAUGGCAUAUUCAAGUUCGGCACAAAAAUGAUUGACAUGAAGAUGGAGGCCAUUCAGAAGCGUGUAGAUACCAAUCAGGAGGUUGCUGGAGAGUAUCUCACAUACCUGCUUUCUAGUGGCAAGAUGAGCAGCAAAGAUGUUUAUGGAAGUGUAUCUGAGCUGCUGCUGGCUGGAGUCGACACAACCUCCAACACCAUGUUGUGGGCUCUUUAUCUUCUCUCAAAAGACCCAGCAGCUCAGGAGACUUUGUAUCAGGAGGUAACCAAGGUCUUAAAGGAUGACAGAAUCCCAACAGCAGAAGAAGUGAACAGCAUGCCUUUCCUCAAAGCCGUCAUCAAGGAAACAUUAAGACUGUAUCCGGUGGUGCCUGUAAAUUCCCGUCUUAUUGCAGAAACCGAAGUCGUCAUUGGUGAAUACUUUUUUCCUAAAAAGACAACAUUCAAUCUGUGCCACUAUGCAAUCAGCCAUGAUGAGAAAGUCUUCCCAGAACCACAGAAGUUCAAACCUGAGCGCUGGCUGCGAGACGGCAGAACCAGACCAAACCCGUUUGGGUCAAUCCCAUUUGGAUUUGGAGUCAGAGCCUGUGUCGGUCGUCGCAUUGCUGAACUGGAAAUGCAUCUGGCUUUGGCAAGGCUAAUCAAGUUGUUUGAAAUGCGACCAGACCCGACUGUAGGUGAAGUUAAGGCAAACUUUCGUUCAGUGCUUGUUCCUAACAAAAAGGUCAAUCUGCACUUUGUGGAGAGACAGAAGACUGAAACAUAGCUCAACUAGACAUGAGCUGCAUAUGUACAUAAGGAAUCAUCAGCUGAAGUGAUUCAUGUGAAUUUGUCAACGGCUUUAACUGAAUAUGAUUCUUCUGUUCUUUGUUAAAGACCCUGUACAAGAGUAUGAAGAAUAUACUUUGUCACUCAAUAAUAUUUAUUUUAUUUUGAUAAUAGCCAUGAAAAUAUUUUAUAUAUGUAAAAAUCAAUUAAACUUUAUAAUGA